GAUCAGUCAGGGCCAGACGGACAUUGCCUAGGCCAUUUUUGCAUCUGUGAUUAUAUUUCACAAUAAAAAAAGAGACUGGAUCAGUCAUGCCGGAUGGGCAUUGCCUAGGCCAUUUUUAUAUAUACAUUUUUUUUACAUAAAAAGACUGGAACACAAUUCUCAUUUUUCUCCUCAUGGAUCCCAGUGAUGGUGUCAACACAUCACAAUAUUCUCCUCUCCAUCAACUUAUACUGACUGAUGUGGUGUUGUUUUGACAAAGAAAGAUGGUGAAUGUGAACCAAUGAGUGGGAUGUCCUGCAAACCAGGAUAUGAAUUUGAUGAACAGGAACUUAUAAGUGUGGCAAAAAUGCGUAGAAACGUGCAAAACGUGUAAUGUAAGUCUGGAGUAUGGGGUGAUAUAUGAACAAUGGACGGAUGCUGGACAACACGAGCUUGUAGUUUCAAUACUUGAAACGCACCAAUGAGGAAGCUUGUGAGGCUGUGGGGUCGUAAGCCCCCUCGAUCUGGCACCUCCUUCUCCCCCAAGCACUUGUGUUGCGUCCUGCUGACAGUACUGACUCAGUCAGUCGGUUGUGUCGCUUCUUCGGCAGCAGAACUGGCUGGAACAUCGUCACUGUUGACCACUUGCUUCAGGCACAUGGAGUGUCUCUGUGUCGUGUCCACUGCAGAGUCUGUGCACCUGAACAGCAGCGUGUCUGUCAGCAAGUGAGGCUCUGUGUACUACCGACAGCUCUUCCCGUGCAUUGGACGUUUGCGUCUGAGAACAAUCUUCAGUUAGUUGGAAUAAUGAAGUACAUCACUGUAGCAUCGUUGUUGAUGUAUCUGGUCUCCCCGACAUGCGCAUAUUCUGCUGCGCAUCUCCGGCUACUGGGUUCAAAGUGCACCAACGACCAGGAAUGUCUGGCUGAUGUCACCUACAGCCGAUGCCAGGCCGGACGGUGUUCAUGUCUGCCAUACUACGCCGAGUACAACAAGACAAUGUGUGUUCAGUCUACAUUGCUUGGGUUUGACUGUCUGGUGAAAGAACAGUGUUCCAUGAAGGUGGCAAACAGCAUGUGUCUCCAUGGGUCAUGCCGCUGUGAGUCAGGAUACCUACAAUUUCGGAGACAUACCUGUCUCAGCCCCGCUAGUCCAGGCGACGUCUGUUAUAGCGACGCCCACUGCCGUCUAUGGGACAGCGAUACUCAUUGUGACUUCUUGAUUCCAAAUCUGUUCGGUCGUUGUCAGUGCAAUCAUCCGAUGAAACAACGCGGGAAAUCUUGUUACCAGUUCAACGGUCCAACAGGCGAAGGAUAUCCUUCUGCAUCAGGGCCCUCAUCAAUGGAUUCACCAAACACAUCAUCAUUUGCAUCAUCAGAAUGGGGUUCAUCAGCAUCAUCAGCGUGGCAACCAGUAUCACCAUCUUCGACUUCCACUCCAUCACCAACAGAACUUAUUGUAACGUCACAGAAUAUCUCGCAAACAUUUUCAUCAAUUACAUCAUCUUAUCCAUCAACUUCUUCAACACAGGCAAAUGUACCUGCGAAGGGUUCGUCAUUGCCAACAAGCGAAACGUCCUCAGAUGAAGCGCAGCCAACGCUGCCUUCCGUAAUGCCAUCGCAUACCGAGUACACCUCAGAAAUUCCUUCAGGGGAGACACACAUAGAAACUACGUCGAUGUUAACUUCGCCAUCAGCAGUGUCAUCAAAUGAAGACCUGAAUCAAUCUUCACAGUCUGUUCAGCAAAUACAGACAGCCAAACCAGAAAUAUCAGAGACAGAUACACAUUUGUUAUCACAGAACUCGGCUCUGGUUACCGAGACGUCGGACGAACCAUUUGCGUCCGUGGCAACGACAUCACAACAAUCCCAGACACAGUUCGAGACACCAGGAACAGUUCCUUCAGGACAGUCAACUGUAAUGACUACGUUAAGAGAUGACUUCAGUGACUCUUUAACGGAGGUCACUUCCCCGUUACCUAUAGCAACAUCAACAGUUGUGUGGACAAGAAUAAGGGGCGUGGGCGAGGGAGUUGCUGUAACUCUGGGUCUGCCCUGUGUUUCCGAUCUACAAUGUCAGUCGGCCGACCCCGGUUCAAAGUGCCUGGACGGUGUCUGCGACUGCGUCAUCAAGAACAACGGCAGCCAUUCCUGCGGGGUCCGUAACACCGGCUGCUUCAAGGGAACCUUCCAGUGUCGAUCAACGGGCGUAUGCAUCAGUUGGUUCUUCGUGUGUGACGGGCGACAGGAUUGUCCAGACGGGUCAGACGAGGAAUGUAAAGACUCGAAGUCAUGUCCCCCACAAGCGUUCCGGUGCGGACAGAAAGGGGGCUGUGUGUCUCGUGCCGGAAGGUGUGACGGCACACCCGACUGUCCGGACGGCGAGGAUGAACUCUACUGCAACGCGACGCGUAGCGCCCAAGGCUGUCCAGACCGUACUUUCCGAUGUUCGGACGGACGCUGCCUACCGGAGUACGAGUUCUGCAACGCCAUGGUGACUUGUAGAGACGGCAGUGAUGAGCCCCGGGACGCCUGCAAGGCGCGCACCAGGAGAAAGACACCCGGAUAUUGUCCCUUCCGAUGUGCCAACGGACGUUGCAGAUCUGACGCGAUCGCCUGCUCUGGGCGAGACGGCUGUGGCGACGGGUCUGACGAAGCAAAAUGCUCCGUUUGCCGGUGUCCGAUGGCUCCCCCUGAAGAUGGACGAGUCAUCAUUGAUCAAUAACACAGCACUGGAUGUGCUGUUCCCCACGUACUUACUGCAGCUUCAGCAUGAGGACCAAGACCUCACUUACCAUAAAUCAACCAGUCAACGUCGAUUUGCAUUUCAAUAGAAGACAACGAUAUUUAUACAUGACGUCAUAUGCAACAGUGACGUCACUAGAUUAAAUGUGAUGCAUUAUACAUAUCUGUGUUUUGACGUGAUAGUAAUUUGUAAAGGUUUUGAUAAUAAAAUAAUUUUUAUUCUGUG